AAGUAAAUUAUGUAUCUUUAAACAAGGUAUUGUCAAAAGAUACCUACCAAGUUACCAACAUGUGAACGUUUUUCGUAUACCUAAUUUUUUUCCAUGUGUUUACUUUACUUUGUGUUUGUAUAAAAUGUGGGAAACUAUAUGCCAGUUUUCACUUUUGGUACCCCUGGUUGCCUAUUUUUCAAUACGAUAUUAUUACAAUUACUGGCAGCGUAAGAAGAUUCCAUGUGUGGAAUCAAAUGUUCUAAAUUUCGAUUGGUUUACGUUACCGACGAUCGAAUACACCGCGAAAAUCUAUCGGCUACUCGAUGGCCAUAAAUUUGGCGGAUGUUACCCGAAAUUUGCUCCUAAAUUGAUGCUCCGUGAUCCGGAAUUGAUUAAACGUGUUUUAAACGAUGAUUCAGAGUGUUUCUGCGAUCGAAGUGAUGUGACUUUUGACGAAAAUGUGCCCAAGACGAUGCAUAUGUUCGGGGCUCCGAGUAUUUUUUGGAAAAAUUUACACGAAAAUCUCGCACCCCUGUUCACCUCCGACCGAAUGGAAUUUUUAUUCGAUUUAAUUGGAAAAUGUUCUAAAGAAAUGAACGAAACGAUCAGCAACGAAAUAAAAAUGGAUGAAGUGAUCGACACGAAAGAUUUCAGCGAUCGAUACGCAGUCGAAGUGAUUUCAUCUUGCAUAUUUGGAUUAAAAACUCACGAUACAAUUCGAAAUGGUAAAUUUUUAUUUAAAUCGAUACCAUCGAAGACUUUUCAUCACAGUUGGAUGACCAAACUAUCAAUUCUCAUUUAUUCGAUUUUUCCUAAACUUGGAAAAAUAUUCGGAAUUUUCUCGACGAAUGAAUCAGCCUACGAGUUGAUUUUUGAAACUUUCGAAGAAACUGUCACGUAUCGUGAAAAAAAUAGUGUCGAUAGAAAUGAUUUUCUGCAGUUGUUGAUCGAUCUGAGGAAUGAAAAAGGAAACCCGGAGAUGACCAAUGAGAUAUUGGCAGCUCAGUGUUAUUCCUUCCUCGUUACUGGAUAUAAAUCGAUGAGUAUGACACUGAGUGCUGCUUUAUUCGAGUUAGCUGCAAAUCCUCGCGUGCAAGAAAGACUACAGGUUGAGAUAGACUCGUAUUUUGAAAAAGUCGACGGCAAGGUUACUUACGAAAUGGUGGAAAAUAUGCCAUAUUUGCAUCGAGUGUUUUCUGAGACUCUAAGGAAAUACCCGGUGCUUGGGGCGUUGAGUAGGGUCUGCGUUGUAGAUUAUCAAAUUCCUGGAACCGAGGUGAUCAUUGAAAAAGGUACCGAAAUACUGAUACCGGUGUCAGGAUUACAUUGUGAUGCUCAAUAUUUUCCAAAUCCUGAAGUAUUCGAUCCGGAUAGGUUCGAAGAUCUCAGUAAACUUCCUUGUUGUGAUGCUUAUUUUCCCUUUGGAGAUGGUCCCAAAAAUUGCAUCGGAUCCAGAUUCGCAUUAAUCGUCAUUCAACUGGCUCUUAUAUAUUUAUUACGUGCUUUUCGAUUUGAAGUAUGCUCAAAGACUCGACAUCCUAUCGAAUUCCAAUGCAAUGAAAUUUUUACCUCAGCCGAGCAUGAAAUUUUUUUAAAAUGCUUGCGAAAUAUUGAUUUCAAAAUGUGGGAAACUGCGGUACAGUUUCUAGUUUUAGCACCCUUAAUCAUAUACUUCGGGUUUGAUUAUUAUUAUAAUUACUGGAAGCGUAAACAUAUUCCUUAUGUGCCUUCAAAUAUACUCGAUCUCGAUUGGUAUAAUUUGCCGCAGGGUGAAUACUUUACGAAAAUUUAUCAUCGUUUAAAAGGUCAUAAAUUUGGCGGAUUUUACGCUAGAUUUGCUCCUAAAUUGAUGAUUCGUGAUCCGGAAUUAAUUAAGCAUAUUUUGAUCAAGGAUUUCGAUUAUUUUCACGAUCGCGGCGAUACUGUGUUCGAUGAAAAUGAACCUAUUACUACGCAUAUGUUUAGUGCUCCUGGUCCUCUUUGGAAAAAACUACGAACCAAAUUAACACCAACGUUCACAUCUGGCAAAAUGAAAUACAUGUUUAGUUUGGUGGAAGAAUGUGCCAAAGAAAUGAGCGAAGUAAUCAACAAACGCAUCGAAGACAAUAGCACGAUCGAUGUUAAAGAAUUCAGCAUACGUUACACCAUCGAAGUAAUAUCUUCGUGCGCUUUUGGGCUGAAAGCAAACACCAUUCAAGAUGGCAACUCAAUAUUCAAAUUAAUGGCUCUGAAAAUAUUCGCUCGUAAUUUAUCCGCUAGAUUCGUGGUGUUAACUCGAUCCGCAUUACCUUGGUUGAAAAAAGCCCUAAGAAUUUCCCAAGUUAACAAAACGGUGACUGAGUUUUUCUAUAAACUGACUCGUGAUACAGUCGAUCAUCGCAAAAGCAACGCCGUCGAUAGGAAUGAUUUUUUGCAACUGUUGAUUAACAUGAGAGACGAUGAGAAACAAAAAGAUAUUAAACAAGCUCAAGAUAAAUUCGUUAUGACCGAUGAACUUAUGACAGCUCAGUGUUUUCUGUUCUUUGUGGCUGGAUUUGAUACCUCUAGUUCAGCUUUGAGCGGCGCUCUGUAUGAACUGGCUGCCAAUUUAAGUAUUCAGAGAAAGCUUCAAGACGAAAUUGACGAGUAUUUGCGAAAAAACGACGAUAAAAUUAGCUACGAAAUGGUUAAAAGUAUGCCAUACUUGAAUCAGAUUGUCUCAGAAACAUUAAGGAAAUACCCAGUCUUAGUAGCUCUAAACAGGGUUUGUGUCCAAAGAUACAGAAUUCCAGAUACAAAAAUAUACAUCGAGAAAGGCACAGAGGUAUUGAUACCUGUAAUUGGUCUACACUCGGACCCUCAAUAUUACCCUGAUCCUGAGCAAUUUGAUCCUGAUAGAUUCAAAGACCCUAACAAUUUUUCUUCGCGAAAUGCAUACCUACCUUUUGGCGAUGGUCCAAGGAAUUGUAUAGGUUCAAGAUUUGCCCAAAUGAGCGUUAAAUUGGCUCUGGUUUAUUUACUUCGUGAUUUCAAUUUCGAAUGGUGUCCAGCGACUCGUUCUCCAUUACAAUUUGAGCGAUUCAAGAUCGUCAAUUCGGUUAAACAUGAAAUAUUUUUGAAAUGUAGCAAGAAGUAAAAAUUAGAUCGUA